CUGGAAUCUCUGUGAAUUACCGCUAUCUCUCAUUCAGUCAGAAGAACAGAUCUCUUGAGAAUGUCGAGCCUGUAUCACACUAUCAGUCAGAUCACGGAUGAGCUCAGCACUGAUGAAUGCAAGCGCAUCUCUUACCUGUGCGGCGCUCUUGAUACGGACAAGUUCUCUACAGACCCCAGAGGCAUGUUACAAUCUGUGCUGUGCCAGAUGAGGAUGGAUUACGUGUUUCUCAUGGAGCUCAUUCUGAAGAUAAAGCGCUAUGAUCUGCUGCGAGAAGUGCUGAGCACCAACAAGAGCACGGUUGAGGGGCUGCUGAAAAACAGCCAUUCUGUGUCAGAAUACAGAGUGCUGAUGGUUGAUGUUAGUGAGGACAUGGACACAGAAAACCUGAAGUCCUUGGCAUUCUUACUCAGAGGCACUUUACCAAAGCACAAACUGGAAAAUGUCCAGAGUUUUUUAGACAUUGUGGUGGAGCUGGAGAAACUCGACCAGCUCUCCAGUGAGAAGAUGGACUUGAUCAAACACUGCCUGAGGUCCAUCCAUAGGGCCGAUCUAGCUAAAAAGAUCAGUCACUACCAGCAGACAGUGCUAAUGACCAAACAAGGAUCUUCACCUCCGGACAGACUGAUGUUCUGCACGACGGCAUCGCCGAACAGCUCAUUCAGUGUCUCAUCAGCUUCCUGUAAUGUCUGGCCAGUUUCCAAACUCUGUGAUAAACCGACCGCAGUGAAGAAGAAACUACUUGGCACUAGCUCUUAUUGUCAGCAGCAGGAAGUGUACAGCAUGCAGAGUGAUCGCAGAGGAGUGUGUUUAAUCAUAGACUGUAUCGGCACUGAAGCAGAUGAGCUGGAGCAGAUAUUUAAGGCCUUACACUUCUGUGUGAUCACGCACAAGCUGCUGAGUGUGAGAGACGUGCAGUCCACUCUGAGGGAAGUGGCUCAUCAGCAGGGUCACUAUCGAGCGUCUGCGUUCAUCUGCUGCGUCAUCAGCCGAAGCCGCUCGUCAGAGCUGCUGGCCACUGACUCUCACGGCCCAGGACUGAACCUGGACACUGUCAGACGCCUCUUCACCUCAGACUCCUGCCCGGGCCUGGCAGGCAAGCCUAAACUCUUCUUUAUCCAGAGCUAUGAAGAGUCCGAGGCUCAGAGGUGUGCUGGGUGUAUGGGGUGUGGAGAUGAGGAGGGUGGACAGCUGGAGACAGACGCACCUGGGCUCUUAUGCUGCAAGAGGACUGUCCCGGUGGACGCGGACAUCUUCUGGAGUCACUGCUGGACUAAAGGACAACAGCUGGAGGUGCCAAACCAUCGGUCUGUGUACCUGAAAGCCUUGAGAACCUCCUUAACUCAGGGACAGAAAAGGAGGACUCAUUUGGUAGACUUGCACAUGGCGGUGAACCGUGCAGUAUAUGAACACAAUCACAAAUCUCCAGAAUCCUCGUACUUUUUAAAUCUGAGACACACUCUCAGGAAGACAGUCUAUUUGUCUUGAUUCUGUCACGAACCCUUACGUUUAAGUGAAGGUAGAUGACUAUUCAAGAACAUCUGCUGUUUGAGUGGAUGACCAUCAUAAUGAUGUCUCUAUGAAUUGUAUCAAUUAUGAUUUGCAGUAUUUCAGUAAAUAAGUCUCAGGUUUUGUUGUUGUAGUUUCCUAUAUUGUCCACAUGUUGGCAGUGUAGUCCAGUGUUGACACCACGUGUUAAACUUGCUUUUAAAACCAAUAUUUUUAAUAAAACCAAUCAUGUAUGUAAUUUAAUUGAAUACAUUGGCAAAAGAAAGUUUUAACAAAAGUCCCAAAUAAUAUUAAACUAUUUGAAUAAUAGCUCCAGAAAGCCACAGUGUAGUCACAGAAAACUGUAUGACGCAUCAACGUUAGGCUACAUUAUAACUCAAAGAGAGACCUGGGAUUCAAUCUUUUGAAAUGCAGGUUUAUUAUUCAAUUCUGUUUAUCAUUAUAUUUUAUAUGCAUGUUUAUUGUCAUAACGUGUGCUUAUGUUUGGCAUUUAAUAAAAUUGGUGCUAUUUGUAUACUUCUUGAAGUGUGAAGAAUGACUCAGCAUUGAAUAAAUACCAGGCUUUACUAAAGCAUUAUAUUAAAAAUCCGGUAACUUUAUCUGACUUUUUUUUGUUGUUGUAUGUUUCCAACUUCUUGCUUAACUAGCAAAGAUGUGCAUUUUAAAAGAAAGAAAAAGUCAACCCUGUUACUGUCAUAACUGAAAUUAUUUCCUU